AUGAAAGAAUUAAUGGAUUUACAUUCAGGAAAUAUAUUAUACUUGAAACAUUUUAAUUAUUGGUAUAUUGGUGACCUCGGAUUUUGUGGACCUGUUGAAAAACCAUUAAAAAGUAUAUAUGGAAAUCUUUCUUACAUAGCACCAGAAGUUAUUUGUGGAAAAGAAUAUACUAAAGCAUCAGAUAUUUACAGUAUUGGUAUGCUUAUAUGGGAAAUAUCAGCAGGACAACCACCCUUUGCUAAUUUUGAUCAUGAUUAUGAUCUUGUCAUAAAUAUAGUAAAGGGAAUUAGACAAAGAAUUGUAUCAGGAACUCCAUUAGAAUAUAAAGAGAUAAUGAAAAAUUGUUGGGAUGCUGAUCCAUUAAAAAGACCUGAUGCUUAUACUCUUAUGAACAAAUUUAAAAACAUAUUGUAA